AUGGCUGAAGUAACUCAUCCGCAACUCGUGUGCAUGAAAGAAAAUUUCGUGAAGGUAGAACCCUUGGUUACCACUCUGCUCCUUGGCCCUGCCACUUCACACCACGGUCCGUCUUCUGAAAGACUGCCUCCACAAACUAGUAUUCAGGAAGGAUUUGGGCCGAAUCCAAUUUCAAGUGUUUCAAAUGGUACAGAAUCAUGUGCUGGUCAAUUUGAGCCACAAGUUCUUGAACCAGUUGAAAAUGCCCCCGCAGAAAGUUCCCCUGGAACUGAAAGUACAUCAGACAUCCAAACAUUCACAGGGAAAGGUCACAGAAUUAAGGAAAUGUAA